AUGCCAACCUUCGUAGACCCCAACACUUGCAACGCUUGCGCCGGUGAACACCAAGGGCCGCUGUGUGUGUACAUUUGCCCCAACGACCUGAUGGUGCUGGACCUUGAGCCCAAUAAGGGCCGUAACCGGGAGCCGGAGAUGUGCUCCGAGUGCUACGCCUGCGUCAAGCUCUGCCCUCAGGAAGCAAUCCACGUCAGAGGAUAUGCGGACUUCGUGCCGUUGGGCGCCACCGUGCAGCCCCACAGAGUUGAAGACGGCUUGACUUGGGAUGUGCAUUUCCGGGAUGGCCGGGAGUUCAGCUUUACCUACCCGUCCCGCACCAGGCAGGCCGGGACGGUCAACCCGUACGAGAACUUCACCGAGCAAAGGGACGCCGACCUGCGAAACCAGAGCUUGGCCGGAGAGUCUUUGUGGCUGGGCGUGCCCGAUUUGCCCAGCGUAAAAUAA